AUGACAGGCGGUAGUUUCCGGUCGCCUGGAGGCCGGGGAGGAGGCCGAGGCGGAGGUGGUGGCAGGGGAGGAGGAAGAGGAGGCCGUGGGGGAAGAGGUGGGUUCCGUGGUGGAGCCAAGGUGACAGUGGAGCCACACAGACACGAGGGCGUGUUUAUCUGCCGUGGCAAAGAGGAUGCGCUGGUGACAAGGAACAUGGUUCCAGGGGAGUCCGUGUACGGGGAGAAGAGAAUUGGGGUCGAGGAAGCAGAGACCAAGAUUGAGUACAGAGCCUGGAACCCAUUCCGAUCGAAACUCGCCGCUGCGAUCCUUGGUGGCAUUGACCAGAUUCACAUCAAGCCCGGAGCCAAAGUGCUGUACCUGGGAGCAGCAUCUGGCACCACUGUUUCCCACGUGUCAGAUAUUGUGGGACCUGAGGGCUUGGUCUAUGCAGUUGAGUUCUCUCACCGGUCUGGCCGUGAUCUCAUCAAUGUGGCUAAGAAACGGACGAACAUCAUCCCUAUUAUUGAGGAUGCCAGGCACCCCCACAAGUACCGCAUGCUCCUCGGAAUGGUGGACGUGAUCUUUGCGGAUGUGGCGCAGCCUGACCAGUGCAGGAUCGUGGCACUCAAUGCCCACCACUUCCUCAAAGUGGGAGGCCACUUUGUCAUCUCUAUUAAGGCAAACUGCAUUGACUCCACUGCUGCCCCCGAAGCUGUGUUUGCCGCGGAGGUGAAGAAGAUGCAGCAGGAGAAUAUGAAACCCCAGGAACAGUUAACCUUGGAGCCAUAUGAGAGGGACCAUGCUGUUGUUGUUGGGAUAUACAGGCCACCAGCCAAACAGAAGAAAUUUUAAGCCAAGACCAGAGCCCAGGGACCGGUGAGAGAGAGAUGGUUAUGGACAUGCUGAGUCUGGGAUUCCGCUGUACAAAACUCUUCUAACUGGAUCUCUGAGACUGGAUAGAGCUCCUGACAAUUUGCUGACUCUGCAUCUCAAAUGGGGCACAUGCGAUUUUACUAAUUUUUUUUCCCCUUGCCUCAUUGUUGUCCGAAGGCUCUUUUGAGUUCUCAAACUCUACUGUUUGCAGUAUCUUUCUGACCAUGCUGGGGUGGGGAUGAUCUCUGGAGGGGAGUGUUUGCAAGGGUUUUGGAACAGGCCUGUGGAUAGAUGGACAUUUUUAACUCUCAUGUUUUCGUGGUAGGGGGAGGGAGUGGGAUUUGGAUUCCAGUUCUGGGUCUUACGCGGUGCAAACAUUUCAUUGAGUUGGGAACCUCUUGUGCCAUUGGAAGGAGGCUGGGAAGGGGAGUAGAGGGAAGACCGUUCAGCCCCUCGACUAUUCUGUAUGCAUAUCCUGAAGAGCAAGACUUGGAUCUGGACUUGCUGAUAGGUAUCGAGACCAGGUGGUAGAAGAGAAACCAUUUAUAAGCACGCUGUUCCAUAGGAUUGCCAGGGCAAAGUCCCACGUCAUCCGGUGUUCUUUUUCACACUGUUUGAAAAGUUUUGCGGGUGAUGCCUGACUGGAGUGUUUUUCCUGUCUUUAGCUGUGGGAGCUGGCCCAGGAGACCAUGUUGUGUACUUCAGUUGCUGAUGAAUUUUCAAUGCGUUAUUAAAAAAAAAAGACAAACAAAUGAA